ACAGGAACCUGUGAGAACACGUGACAGGGAAGCGAUUAGUUAUACAGCUGCCUUCGUAUGAUCCGCUUCAUGCUGUCCUUCUCUUACUGUCACUCGUCUACCUGCUAAAUAAAAGUUAUUCAUUUGACGGAGGAGUUGCAGUAUUUUUUCUGACCACGAGCAGCUCGCCAUUUUAAACUCCAGGAGCGCAGUGAAGGUGUUUACAGGCUGGCUGCCGUCAGAGUGCUCGGCCGCACACACGCUAAUGCGCAUGCGCGUUCAGGAAAGCUAUGAAGAUUUCUCCCUGCGUCUUGCCUGUCAGGCAACGCUUCCUUUCCGGGCUGGCUGUGGCUCAGUAGGCCGAGCAGGUCCUCUACUAAUCGGAAGGUCUUUCUUGGUGAAAAAGAAGUUUGGCAAACCCCCCACCUUUGUCAUCCUCCAGCUGCAGUUUGACCUCCUCCCUGCUCCUGUGACUCCAAAAGGAGGUGCAGAGUCAGUAAUAACUGUCCGCUGCCUGCUGGCACCUGCUGGGAGAUAAGCGCCAUCGACUGUCCAUGGCUUCAUCAGAGGUGAACAUGCAGGAAAUGAGUGAGGUUGUGAUCGUCACCUUACCGGAGUCGGGGAGCGAGGACCUCCCGUCUGUGGCGGAGGAGGAUAAAGCAGUGCUGGUGACUGCAGAGCUCACCCCUCAGCCAGGCGAGGAUGUGCUUACAGUAGCACCAAUGGAAGCAGAAGCAGAGACCAGCAGAGCAGAUUCACUGGCAAAAGAAGAGGCCGUAAUUGUAAAGUUAACCGAAGAGGUGGAUGUGGAAGCUGAUGUUUUCUACCCAAUCACAUGCGGAGAUGCCAAAGCCACUCUGGUCUGGAAGAAAUUCGUCUGCCCUGGGAUAAAUGUGAAAUGUGUCCAGUUCAAUGAGCAGCUCAUCAGCCCAAAGGAGUUUGUGUGUUUAGCAGGGAAAUCCACUCUGAAGGACUGGAAGAGAGCCAUCCGACUAAAUGGCACCAUGCUCAGGAAAAUCAUGGACUCUGGUGAGCUGGAUUUCUAUCAGCACACCAAAGUCUGCUCCAACACCUGCCGCAGCACUAAGAUAGACCUGGUAGGAACCAAAGUGUCCAUCAGCACCGACCCGUCAGCCAGCCUGCUUCCUGCCACACCCUCAUCGGCAGACUUGAACGGAGCUGCAGCCUCGUUUCCAGAGGUGAUGGAAGAAACUUCAGGGUGGGUCACGGCCAUUGGAGAGGACUCUAUUGCGUUCUGGCGCGCGGUGAAAGAGGCAGGGCUGCUGGAGGAGGUAGUGGAGGACUUCCAGAACGAGCUGCAGGAGGUGCUGAAGGGGCUGCAGGAGAGAGUGUGUGACCCACCACUGCAAGUCAAAGAUGCUGUUUUACUGAACAACAUAGUGCAGAACUUUGGAAUGCUGGACCUCGUCAAAAAGGUUCUGGCUAGCCAUAAGAGCCAGAUGGACCGUUACAGAGAGCAGUACACUCGCAGCCUUGCCGCCCUGGAGCAGCAGUGUGACGAGCACAGGAAGCGAGCCAAGGAGCUGAAGAGCAAAUCACAGCACCUCAACAAUGUCCUGAUGACCCUCACCCCGGUGCCCGCACCCACUGCGCCCAAGCGUCCCCGGCUGACACGUGCCAUCUCCGGUCCUGCCACAGUCAGUGCUGCGCCCACCCAGAUCACCCUGCCUCUCAACCAGCUGACCAGCCUCCCGCUGGGCAAGGUACUGACCAUGGCAGGGGCCCAGCCCAGCACUAACCUGGGUGCGUACACCCUCCUGACUUCCCCGCUCUCUGGGUCAGAGCUGGCAGCAGAUGCCUCUAACCUGACAGUUUUGUCCACUGCAGCAGGUCAGGAGGGGGCAGCUGGGGCCGGUAGCCAAGCCGGCUCUGGGGCCUUCGUUAAGGUCGUCGGCUCUCAGUUCCAGCUGGUGACGCUGCAGGGUCUGGCCACCACGCAGGGCGCUGCUGUCCAACAGCAGGUUGGCACCAUCAGUGUUGUUGAUGCCGUGGCAGCCGCUGCUGAUGAUUCCCAGGAGGGAAGCCAGCUCGAUGGUGGUGAUAAAGGUCAGCCAGAGCAGGUUAAAGAGGAGCAGGGGGAGCAGCAAGCCCAGCACCAGUGAGAUAAAGACCAGCUGUGUGCUUCAUUUUGGAGCGGGCUGACGGUGAAGGCUCAGGUCUGUGAACCCUCUGAGUUCUUCACACCGUUUCAGGCAUCGCAAGACAUCCACGAGUCUUCAUCAGGCGUCUGACCUUCAUCUGGGAUACUGCAUUAAUAAUUAUAUUGUCUAUCAUGUCAGUUCAUUCCACCUCCGAUUGUGGCUUAGUUUGCUAAUAGAUGCUGUUUUUUUAAGAAAAGUUCACGACUUGAGGAUUUUAAAGCUUAUUUUUACAAUUAAACAUGUAUUAAGAAAAUAUUAAGCAAUUUUUGAACAAAUUUUUUUUUGAUUUUUGACCAAAGUGUGAUGUUAUUGACUUAAAUUCACACAGAUAAUAAAACACAUUUACAUAAACUAAUAUGGUAUUUUCCCUCGAGAGAGAUAACACCACUGGUGAUGUAGCCCAGUUUAUUCUACAUACAGACGCAGCUUUGUUCACCCUGAGGCCCUGAACCUCGUCUCUGUGCUCCUUAACUCGGAGGUCUGACCAGGAGAACACUUUAAAAUAAGGCUGCAAACCUGUAUGUAUGUGAAGCUUAACUAAUGCAGGACUCAUACUGACUGAAUGCAGUAUGUACCAUGAACUAUUGCUCACCUUUAACAUGUAAGUUACAGUAAUUUUGUGUAUUAAUACUUCAUGUUUAUCCGUUGACAAAAGCAAAUUUACAUGUAUUGAUAUUAACUAUAUUUUAGCUGCUUUAGAGUUUUUGUAACCCUACUUGUGCAUUUAAAAGCUUUAUGUCCCCUAAAACAUGGAGAUUAUGGGUAAUAUUUUAGCUUUAUGACUGUAUCACCGCUUCAUAACAGGAGUCAUCCCAAACUUACAGAUGAGCCCCAAACAUCUGAUGGUUGGGAGGAAGAACUCCCUCUUAACAGGAGGAGACCUCCAGCAGACUGGUUGGAGGUGGGGUGGACAGCAAGACAGAACAAAGGCUAGUUAUAUAUUUAUUAUAUACAGUACCAUGAAAAAGUAUUUGCCCCCUUUCUCAUUUUAGUUUUUUGCAAAUUUAUAUCUUGAAUCAGAUCAUCACUUUAAUCAAACUCUGGAGCUUGUUCUGGUGUUUGGCAGAGAAACUGAACAUGAAACUGUACUCCCUGAAAACUGAUCAUUUUUAAUGUUUAAAUGUAUUAUAAUGCAUUACACAGCAGUGAGAAAUAAAUAUCAUUACAGUAGAUAUCUUUCUGUUACUUAAACUUAGUUACUGCUGUAACUAAGUUUAAGGAUCUAAUUCCUUCAUUGUUAUGCUCUUCAGUGCCAACACAGUGCAGAGCAGCUACCUAAACUCUGAUGACUGCCCCUCCCUGAGCCUGGCUCUGCUGGAGGGUUCUUCCUGUUAAAGGGAGUUUGGUUGCUCAUAGGGGGUCAUUUUGAUUGUGGGGUUUACCUUACAAUAUAAAGUGCCUUGAAAAAGUAAUUGCCCCCAAACCUAAUAACUUGUUGCACCACCCUCGGCAGCGAGAACUGCAAUAAAGUGUUUGUGAUAACUGGCAACGAGUCUGUCACAUCACUGUGGAGCAGUGGUUCCCAAAG